AUGCUGCGUCACAUAUUGAUGUUGGCGAUUAUCUAUCUCAGUCUCUGCAUUAUCUAUCUAUCUAUCUAUCUAUCUAUCUAUCUAUCUAAGAUUUAUUUUUUGACUAACUCUCUUUUUUAUCUAUCUAUCUAUCUAUCUAUCUAUCUAUCUAUCUAUCUUAUUUUAUUUUUAUCUGUGUCUCAUUUCUAUCUAUCUAUCUAUCUAUCUAUCUAUCUAUCUAUCUAUCUAUCUCAGUCUGUUCAUAUCUAUCUAUCUAUCUAUCUAUCUAUCUAUCUAUCUAUCAAAGUGCUAUUUUUAUCUGAGUUUUAUUUCUAUCUAUCUAUCUAUCUAUCUAUCUAUCUAUCUAUCUAUCUAUCUAUGUUUUCUUCUGAUCUAUCUAUCUAUCUAUCUAUCUAUCUAUCUAUCUAUCUAUCUAUCUAUCUAUCAGUUCCGUAUCGUACCGUAUCGUAUCGUACCGUAUCGUAUCGUACCGUAUCUAUCUAUCUAUCUAUCUAUCUGUUCCGUACCUAUCUAUCUAUCUAUCUAUCUAUCUAUCUAUCUAUCUAUCUAUCUAUCUAUCUGUUUCAGUUUGACUUCUUUUGCUCGAGCCACCACAGUCUCUCCAUAUCCAUGGGAUUCUAUUUCUUUCUUUCUUUCUUUCUUUCUUUCUUUCUUUCUUUCUAUUUCAAUCUGUUCAUAUCUAUCUAUCUAUCUAAAUGUGUUCAUAUCUAUCUAUCUAUCUAUCUAUCUAUCUAUCUAUCUAUCUCAAUCUGUUCAUAUCUAUCUCAAUCUGUUAAUAUCUAUCUAUCUAUCUAUCUAUCUAUCUAUCUAUCUCAAUCUGCUCAUAUCUAUCUAUCUAUCUAUCUAUCUAAAUGUGUUCAUAUCUAUAUAUCUAUCUAUCUAUCUAUUUCAAUCUGUUCAUAUCUAUCUAUCUAUCUAUCUAUCUAUCUAAAUGUGUUCAUAUCUAUCUAUCUAUCUAUCUAUCUCAAUCUGUUCAUAUCUAUCUAUCUAUCUAUCUAUCUAUCUAUCUAUCUAUCUAUCUAUCUAUCUAAAUGUGUUCAUAUCUAUCUAUCUAUCUAUCUAUCUAUCUAUCUAUCUCAAUCUGUUCAUAUCUAUCUAUCUAUCUAUCUAUCUAUUUCAAUCUGUUCAUAUCUAUCUCAAUCUGUUAAUAUCUAUCUAUCUAUGUAUCUAUCUAUCUCAAUCUGCUCAUAUCUAUCUAUCUAUCUAUCUAUCUAUCUAUCUAUCUAUCUAUUUCAGUCUGUUCAUAUCUAUCUCAAUCUGUUAAUAUCUAUCUAUCUAUCUAUCUAUGUAUCUAUCUAUCUCAAUUUGCUCAUAUCUAUCUAUCUAUCUAUCUAUCUAUCUAUCUAUCUAUCUAUCUAUCUAUCUAUCUAUUUCAAUCUGUUCAUAUCUAUCUCAAUCUGUUUAUAUCUAUCUAUCUAUCUAUCUAUCUAUCUAUCUCAAUCUGUUUAUAUCUAUCUAUCUAUCUAUCUAUCUAUCUAUCUAUCUAUCUAUCUAUGUCUUCAUAUUUAUUUAUCCAUCUUAUAUUUCAUAUCAAUACAUUCGAAUAUAUUUCAUUAUUGUGUGUGUAAAACAGAGGUAAAAAGAGAGAAUAUUCAUGUACCUAUGGGACAUAGAUAA